UAGCAUCGGCUGUCGGCCAUCGGCUGUCAUUCAAAUUAUUGUUAAAUUGUCAAGUAAAAAUGAUAAAAAAUAUUUUUACCUUGUUUUAAGUUAAAUUGAAUGUUUGAAAGUGCUUUGAAGCAUACUCUCUCAUUUAUACAUAUUACUAGUUAGUUAGAUUUUGUUAACUAAUAAACAUGGUGAAAUUGUAAUCAAGAUGGGUUCAAAACCUCAAAUUUACCAUGAAAAGCAAGUUAAAGAGCUGUGUGCUCUGCAUGCACUGAACAAUUUAUUCCAGACAAGAAACACCUUUUCAAAAUCCGAACUAGACACCAUAUGCAGUCGACUAUCUCCUAAUGUCUGGAUCAAUCCUCAUCGCUCAAUGUUAGGACUCGGAAACUAUGACAUCAAUGUUAUUAUGGCCGCCCUGCAGAAAAAAGGCUGUGAGGCUGUGUGGUUUGAUAAACGGAAAGAUCCUGGCUGUUUAGAUCUCUCAAAUAUAUGUGGUUUUAUUUUAAAUGUGCCAUCGGACUACAAGUUAGGAUUUGUGAUGUUGCCGCUGCGUAGACGGCACUGGAUCACGAUCCGGCAGAUACAGGGGAAUUUUUAUAACCUGGACUCAAAGUUGGAUUCACCACAGUUAAUAGGAAGGAACACUGACCUGAUUACAUAUCUGAAAGAGCAGCUUGAGUGUAAAGAAAAGGAAUUGUUUGUGGUUGUCAGCAAGGAAGUGGAAGAAAAGCAGCUGUGGAUGCAUCAGUACUCUGUUAAUAACUAUCAGGAAGUCCAGAACAACAAGGGUAACGGAGCAUGCGAGAGUGACCACAGUCCGAGCUUCAACGACUGUGAUGUGGAAUGCCUUAGAGUUAGUGAUGUCAGUAACUGUGCCAUCAACGGUGACAAUUUCUAAGUGCAUUCAUGCAUAGUAACCUCUUGUGUUCAGUUCUUCUGUCUGAUUAAGUAUAAUUGGAAUUUUGGUAGAUUUUUCUCAUAACGUUUAAAUCUUCUGUGAUUACAUAUUUAUUGGUACCCUCACUAAGUGUUUGCAUUGUGAAACUAAAUAUGGAGUACUUCCAGUCGCUGCAUGAUACUCAUUAUAUCUUGAGUGAGGAACUGUACUAUAUGUAUUUAUUUGACUGAUGCAAGUAAAACUUAGUGAGGGACUUGUGCUCUUGAUACCAAGGAGUUUGCAUGCUAUAAAUAAGGUUAACAUGAAGAUGUUUUCUACGACUUAUGUACAUACAUGUAUUAUAUAUUGAUAAGACAUUUACUAUAUACAACCUAUAUAUUGAUAUGUUAUAUUUUUUUUUUGUUAUCCAAACAUUUUUAUUUAAUGGAAUUUCACGGCAUUGUUUUGCAAUAGGUAUGUUGAGGUUUUAAUUAAGAUAUUAUUAAAUUAAUUUUUAUUUAGUUUUUAGACGGAUUUUUGUUUUGUUGUUACCAAUCUCUCUCGAGAUGAAUAUCACGGCCUAAUACAGAGUUAGCGCUAAGUGACUUAAUUAAUAUAUUUCUUAUAGAACUUUACUACCAUUUUGUAUAUUGUAAUAUUUAUAUGUACUUUUAAUAUAUUUUAAUUCAUUUAGUGUGUUUGAUUGUCAUUGUGGAAAGUAUACAUUUUUAACGAAUGUGUGUAUGUGUAUAUAUAUAUAUAUAUAUAUAUAUGUUCAUUGUGAUGACUUGUAUUCUGUAAAAAUUUAGAAGUCUGUCUGUUGAUUGGACUUUUGUAUUUUAAACACACUUAGUGAAAACCUAAAACGCCAAAUAAAACAUGUAUCAUAAUUAUAACAUAGUUCCAUAUCCCGUAGCACGGUUCUGAGAAUAGCCAAAUUCAUAGUGAUUAUAUGAAAUGCAGAUUUCUUAAUAAAUUCUGAUCAUAUCAAAUAUAAAAUUUUAUCUAUAGCGACCUGUGUAGUCUGUAGAUGUUUUUCAUGUAACAGAUUAUAAAUUGAUUACAGUGUAUACACCGGACGGCCAAAGGUAUGGGUAAAUAAAUUUUAAAGCAAUAAUAUAGUGUUAGUUAUGGAUGAAUAACUUUAGUCACAAUACUUAAAGACGCCUUGUUUAUGAACGUGCCUGGCUCGGUCGAGGAAGUGUCGGUUUGGUGUGAUGGUUUUGACCUUUGUAUUUCCAUUUCUUAAGUCUAUUGUUGUAAAUAAAUGAUAUUUUUUCAACAGAA